GACACCUAAAACCCUGUCACAAACCCUAAAAUUUUAAUCAAUGGCUGGAGGUCGAUUCCGUGAGCUAUUGAAGAAGUACGGCAAGGUUGCUCUCGGAGUACACUUUUCCGUCUCUGCCGCAAGCAUCUCCGGGUUGUACGUUGCCAUCAAGAACAACGUCGAUGUUGAAUCUGCUCUAGAAAAGGUUCGUUUCAAACAGCUUGAAUCGAUCCUAGAAAAAGUCGGUAUGGGUGGACUAAAAGAAGAAGUAGAAGGGGAAGCUUCAAAUAUUCCUCAAUCAAAUCCGGAAGUGAAGCCGAGGAAUCGGACGGCUGAGCUAGCGGCUUCGAGCGGUGGUGCACUGGCAUUGGCUGUGCUAUGUAAUAAGGCUCUCUUCCCGGUUAGGGUUCCGAUCACCAUUGCUCUCACUCCUUCGAUAGCUAGGUUUUUGGCAAGGAGACAGAUAAUUAAAAGCGGUGUAUGAUCAUUUCUUUUCAUCUCUAAUAAAAAUAGGUGCUUUAUUACUAAAAAUAGAGUGUUGUGAAUUGCUGUUGUUAGAAAAAGAUAUGGAGUUUUGUUGGAUGACAAAGUUGAUGUUUUGUAAAAGAUCUCUAUGAUGACUCUUCCGACUUGAUUAGUCGAUACUACUUGAUUUCCUUAAUUUGGACCCA